AUGGGUUCUUAUGGAGGAAUUUUUCAGGAGAUGGAGGUGUACGAUGAAGAUUUUUGUGGUAUGGAAUUCGCCGGCUUGGAUGUUUGGUGUUCGGCAGCAGAGAGGAUUGGAGAGUCUUCUUUAUCACAACAGAAAUGCCUGUGUGGUGGUGCUCUGACAAUUGAGCUGAAUUUCUUCAGUGGGUUUCUGAAAGAUGGUUUGUUCAAUAUGUUCCAAACUCAAAUGACUCCUGGGGAGAGGAGGGAGCAACAGAAGAAUGAGGUGGCAUUGCACUGGUUCUUAGAACUUCCUCUAUUGAAGGUAUGCAUAAACAGAAUCUCCCUUAGCAGUCUUGUGAUCUAG